AUGAGAACUGCUCCAAACCCGACUGAAAACGGGCUUCAACAUGCUGACCAGCCGCCUUCUUCACCGCAUCAUCCUGCUGACCAGUCACGAAAUUCUCCACCUCAUCAACUGCAGCAGGAGCAGCAAAGAACCAACAUCUACGUCAGACGUCAGGCAGUGGUGGAGGAUCUGACGACGGUGUUUCAGGACGACAACCUGGUAACUUCAGGGGUUCGUGUAGAAGUUCUAGGGGAGGAUGCCGUUGAUGAGAAUGGAGUAUUUCGAGACGUUUUGACGGAAUUCUGGGGCUGUGUGUUUGGGUCGGCAGCAUUUGAAGGAGGAGAUCAGGCUGCUCCACAUCCAGACGCCAACACCACACCAGCGAUGUGGAAAGCCAUUGGAAAUAUUUUAAUUGUCGGUUACCUCCAGGUAGGGUACCUUCCCGUACGGUUUGCCGUGGCAUCCUUGGCAUGGGCAAUGUUCGGAACAGUUUCAGAGGGGACUUUGCUUAAAAGCUGGCUGCACAGUUUAGAUGGGGUUGAUCGCGCAAUGAUGAAAGCAGUGCUACAUCGAGGCCUCGAACCAGAUGACCGAGAGGCAGUCGUCGACAUACUGGAUAGAUUUCGCAUAACGUCACUUCCGUCACCUAGGAAUAUCCGGAACCUUUGCAUACGAGCGGCGCACCUACUGUUUGUCGAGUCGGCGGCAUUUCCACUCCUUCAAAUGAAUAUAAAACGACUUCGGCAAACAGUACCGAGAUUGGAAGAUCUCCUGGAAAUCCGCCGAGCGCUAAAACCUGACGGGCAGAGGUAGCACGGAUGAUUUAUGCCGAGGUGACAAGUGCGCGACAACAAGAGAUUCUAGACUUUCUGGUUAGGAGCGUAAGGACGAUGGAUUCCACUACAAUUAAUCGAUUUGUCCGUUUUGUAAGUGGUAGUGAUGCCAUCACAUUUAGAACUAUUACUGUUCAGUUUGUGAGGAUGUCCGGGAUUGAACGGAGAUUUGUAGCACAUACUUGCGGGAUUGUUUUAGACGUGCCAAUCACAUAUACAUCUUACAAUGAAUUUAACAACGAACUCAGGACACAACUUUCAUCAGGUCACUGGGAAAUGAACUUUGCGUGAAACCUGCAUUCCAGUU